AUGCCGGCGAGCAAUGGCGCGUGGCGGCAAAAAGCUUCUCCGGCGAGGGAUUUGCGGGUGGUGCAGGGGCUCCGGUGGUUCUCGGGCUCUUCCGAGGGCACGGGGAGGUGCAGGUGGAAAGGCGAGAUCGAUGGUGACGGCGGAGGUGGUCGGAAGGGGCGGGUGGAGGCGUGUGCUGCUACCUCUGGGACUUCUGUUUAUAAAGAUGAUGAUGAUGAGGAGAUGGAAGACGCAAUCACUUCCAACGCGGCCCCACCCAAUGUCAUUGAACUUCCAGACGACGACGAAGAUGUGCCACAGAGGCCCACGGGAAGAAAGGGCAGGACUUCGGGCAAGAAGGCGCCAAUUAGCAAGAUGCCCCAGUCGACGCCGGUGACGGAACCAGCUCCAGCUGAUCGGCCGUCUUCACUUUUCGCCGCCCAUCACGUCCAAGAGGACCAAGUGAGCGCCGCCAAAGAAGCUAUACGCCAGGCGAGUCUGAUGAUGGAGCAGAUGAAAGUGGUGUGCGAAACCAGCCAAGCUGCCUAUGAUGCUAGCUCAGCCCUCCAGGCCAAUGUCCAGAAAUCUUGUGAACUUGGAGCUCGGUUUGCCGACUUGGAGCAGAAGCAAAUCCAGCUCAAUCUUGAUUUGGAGUUGGCCAAGACGAAUUUGCAGAAGGCUAAGGAUGAUGCUGCUGAAACAAUGAGACAAGCUUUGGAGAAGAAGGACUCUGAUCUUGCGGCCGCACAGAAAAUGGCAGAAGACAAAACGACACUCGCCGACAAGAAGCUGGCUUCAGUCGGAAAGCUGGAGGAAGAGAACACCAAAUUAAAGGCUGCUCUUGAUGAAGCCAACAAAGAGGUGACUCGACUCAAGAAGGACAAAGGGACCCUGACUAACAAGGUGGAAGACAUCUCCCGCAAGAGAGACGAGCUGGAGAAUUAUCUGGGAGAACUCGCCAAGAAGUUAUUCCUCAUGCUUGAAGAAUUCUGUCAAAACUUCGAGGCAGAGACUAGUCAAAUCGAAACGAGCUUGGACCCCAUCAACUCCCCUGUCAAGGAUGAAGCUGCCAUUAAUGUGCUCUGA